AUGAUUCAACAAGAAAACAUAGAACUGCACAAAAAGAUCAACCUUCUCCUUGAGGAGAAUGCAAAGUUACAGAAAAAGGUUUACGGCCAUGUUACAAGUACCAUCAACAAUGAACGUAAUCUGAAUGCACCCAUAAACCUCGAGCUUAGUCAGCCACAACAUCAGAAAAAUGAAGCACCAGAAGUGGUGGAGCUAGGGUAA